ACGCCUAACAGUGCCAGUCAGUGCCACCUAACAGUGCCAGUCAGUGCCGCCUAUCAGUGCCAGCCAGUGCCGCCUAUCAGUGCCCGCCUAUUAGUGCCAUAUAUGAGUGCUGCCUUUCAGUGCCCAUCAGUGAUGCCUGUCGAUGCCCAUCAGUGCCACCUACUGGUGCCUCCUCAUCAGUGCCCAUCAGUGCCACCUAUCAGUGCCUCUCAGUGCAGCCUAUCAGUGCCCAUCACUCAGUGCCACCUGUCAGUGUCCAUCAGUGCCUUAUGUCAGUGCUCAUCAGUGCCACAUAUCAGUGCCUACCAGUGCCCAUCAAUGCCAAAUAUCAGUGCCCAUCUGAGCUGCAUUUCA